AUGUUAAAUGAUGCAGAGGUUAGCGAUUCAACCAUUUAUAUCGAUUGGUUAGAAAAAAUAGUUACUGAAGAAUAUUUCAACUUUUACGAAUAUUCAGACUUCAAAAAUAAACAACCAAUCGGAAGUGGUUCCUUUGGGAACAUCGUGCGUGCAAAUUGGAAAAAUACUGAUCGUUUCUUUGCUUUAAAAUCUUUUAAUCAUGAUAAAGUAACUCUGAAAGAGGUUGUCAACGAGUUAAAAUUACAUCGAAAAGUUGACUUUCAUGAAAAUAUUAUACGAGUUUAUGGGAUCACAAAGGAAGAAACCGGUGUUGAUCAUGCUAACCAAAGGGAAAAGAAAAAAUUUUUAUUAAAAAAGUACAAAUCAAGUUCAGGAUUGACUGCAAAUACUAAUGAUUCCAAUAUAAAUGAAUUAGAUAUUGCUACAUAUGAAACCAAUUUAAAUUUACAAAAUCAAGAAUCUGUUAACCUAAAUGUAAUAGAUCGUGAAAACC